AUGAACACGACCGAAGAACAAACUGCGAAACGCGCUGACGCCUUUGCCCAAGCCUUUAUCUACAAGAAAGAUAUCAGUGAGGCAUUCAAAUACAUCUCGCAAGACUAUAUCAACCACAACCCCCUCGCACAGAACGGAUCUGACUCCGCCUGGAGCAUUCUUUCCCCAAUUUGGGCUUCGCAAAAUAUCACACCGUUACGUACAGCUUUUGAGUACCCGCAAAGCUGGCUCAAUUACCGAACAGGGAGUUUUGGGGAAGUUGUUGACCGGUUUCGUUGGGAGGGCGGAUGUAUCGUCGAGCACUGGGAUCAAGGAGAGAGAUUCCCAACGCUAUACGCUUAG